CGUCUAUUCACUGUAAAGUUCAACAUGAGGGACUCCUACUACUUCGGUGUAGAGAUUGAAAUCAUCGCGGAGCCUCGAGUUCAUUCCAGUCGACACAAACGAAAGCACUACUAUGAAAUGCUGGCGAGCGCUUUACGGCGCUAUGAUCAACCUGCCCUCGCUGACCGUCUCGACGAGAGGUACAGAAAGCACAGCGAGCAUUAUGACAAGUGGUGGAUCACAAAAGACGGUUCUCUAGGGGACCCAUCCUACCCCGAGAUCCCACUGGAAGCCGUAUCACCAGUCCUAUCAACAAACAGCUACUGGGAACUCGAGAUAGACACCUUCUGGAAAGCAGCCAAAAAGACCUUUCAUAAACCCACCAAGUCCCGCAAGUGCGGCAGCCACAUCCACGUCUCCCCAGGCCCAAACAUGCGCUGGGAAGCGACGGAACUCCAGGGCAUUGCAUUCGGGGUCAUAUACUACGAGCCUCUAGUCAAGGCCAUCCUACCACGUCAUCGACAAGACAACACCUACUGUAAACCCAACUCUGAAACUUCAGCAGAGCUGCGCGCAUGCUAUCAGGGCGGGGAACUAAACCUCGCUCGCGUUUGGCGGCUGAUGGGGCAGCAGGUCAAUUCUAGGGAGGGCCUUCGAGAUCUGAUGCAGGGAGGAGGCUCGCAACAUACCCGGCGUGUUCUUUGGAACUUCGACAACAUAGUCGCUGGGAAAUCGGGGACUGUUGAGUUCCGAGGGGCCAAUGGGUUUCGGGAUUCAAUGAGUACGAGGCGCUGGGUCUCGUUUGUGGUGGCUUUUAUACAUUUGUGUCUGUCGAAGGGGUUUCAUCGCGCGUGGCGGAUUCUUGUUGGACGGCCGUCGAUAGGCAAGUUCUGGGGGGAUAUUCUCAAGGCUGCGGGCAACAUCGGUGUAGAAGCAGACCUUCCAGUUGAUUAUCAAGAUAUGUCAUGUUCUAGAGCAGUUACUUAUGUUUGAUGAUAUUAUGGUCAAUGUGAAUUUAAUUGUAUAUAUAGAAUAAAGAGCUGU